AGCCGCUAAAAAUGGCGCUGCUUUUAAGCCGUUGCUGUGCGUGGAACAAGAGAACGAGCGGCUUUGCGGGCGGCGCGCUGAACGUGUGCAGCCUGUUUAACGGCUGCCGGGAUCGCGAGGCCCCUCCGGCCGGCUAUCCAUUGGCUCGAGAGGUCGGGGCGGGGGCUGGUCGCCGGCACGCUCUUGUGAAGGAGCUGUAUUUACAUAGAAGAAUCUAUUUGAACACUACAGCUUACAAGAAGCCAGUUUCUUUGUGGAGAACUCCAUCCAGACUUAUGUAUACAACUAGGACUAAAUGCUGCUGUAACCAGGUGCAUAGUGACAAACAGUAUAAAAACCCCUACACAUUAGCUCAGGAAGACCUGAAGAAUUUAUAUGAUGAAAUCAGGCGGCUAUUAGCAGUUUCUUCAGACCUUAAAGAAAUUUGUGAUUACUAUUUUGAUGGAAAAGGGAAAGCUUUUCGGCCCAUGAUUGUGGUAUUAAUGGCAAAAGCAUGCAAUCUCCACCAUAGUAAGAACAGGAAUCUGUUGAAAAGCCAGCAUUCAAUAGGCAUGAUCGUAGAGAUGAUCCACACUGCUAGCCUUGUGCAUGAUGAUGUUAUUGAUGGAUCAGAUACUCGACGGGGUAAAAUUACUGUGAAUAAAAUCUGGGGAGAGAGAAAGGCUAUUUUGGCUGGAGACUUUGUUCUCUCUGCAGCAUCCGUGGCCCUUGCUCGUCUUGGUAACAACUCUGUAGUAUCCAUGUUUACUCAAGCAAUUGAAGACUUGGUACGAGGAGAAUUUAUGCAGCUGGGCUCCAAAGAAAAUGAGAAUGAAAGAUUUAUGCAUUACCUUGAGAAAACGUUCAAGAAAACUGCAAGUCUUAUAGCAAACAGUUGUAAAGCAGUCUCCAUACUUGGUAACUGUGAUCCAGAUGUCCAGGAAAUUGCAUACCAAUAUGGAAGAAAUAUCGGGAUAGCUUUUCAGUUAGUCGAUGAUGUGUUGGACUUCACCUCCUGCGCUAAUCAAUUGGGAAAACCUACUGCAACUGACCUGAAGCUUGGAUUGGCAACAGGCCCAGUGUUGUUUGCUUGCCAACAGUUUCCAGAAUUACAUGCCCUGAUAAUGAGACGCUUCAGCGUGGAUGGUGAUGUAAAUCAGGCCUGGCAAUAUGUACAACAGAGUGACGGUGUUCAACAAACAUGCUAUCUGGCACAUCAGUACUGUCAGGAAGCCAUUCGACAGAUCUCUAUGCUACAUCCUUCACCAGAAAGAGAUGCCUUAAUUCAACUUGCAGAAAUUGUAUUAACUCGGAACAAGUGAGAGUAAAGUUUUCCACACUUAAGGCAACUAUUAAGACUGCAAACAAACUACAUUCAACCAGUAUCAAGAAUUCCAAGUUGAGAGACAAGACAUCAGUGGGAAUUUUGUUUACAUUUUGGGCUAACCAUGUAAAAAAAAUAGCCUAUAUUAAGGUAAUAUAUUAGAUCUUGGCCUUACUUGACCAUUGUACAACUCCAUUUAUAAAAAAAAUCUUGAUUAGGUGUCCAUGUGAAGUAACUUUUUAUAUACUGAGUGAUUUAUUAUAAAAGGCUGUACAUACAAUUGUAACAGGUUAUAUACAAAUUAAAGGAAUGCAUUUUCAAUUUUAAA